CUUUCCUUAACAGUGGCGUUACCCAGUCCUAUUCCCCCAAUGCCAGUACAGGUACCCAACUUCUUUCUCCCACCACAAGACCUGGAGGCCUCCAUGCGAGCCCUGCGGUCUGCUACAGCAGCCUUACCCCAACCAAGGGGCAUGACUACACAGGACAGGACCCAGAGGGUAUAUGGCACUAAUGAAGAUCUGGACAAGGUACCUGAUAGGAAGGGACAAAGGUCACAGGGAGUACACAGACCACCGACUAGUAGACAAGCUCCUACAGCAGAGCAGGCCAAGAGGAUCGCCAAGAUAUUCUCCUCCAAAUUUGCUUCAUCAUAAGGAUCACAGCUCAAGUAUUACAUGUAUCUCCUGCACAGCCCAGAGAAAAUAUAUUGUUCCGUUUCCUGACCGAUCCUAGAAAAAACUGCCAACCCAAGGACGUUGAACGUCCUUGGCCAACCCUAUAGCCUUUUUUUUUGUGUAGACCCCUGCAAGGGACAUAAAUUAUGAUCAACCUUUUCUAACUCAAGCACCUGAGUGAUGAAAUGUUGUUCAAUCCGUUGUUCCAACAUUGAAUAUUAAUCCCCAUUCAAGUUUUACUUCUAGUUAAACUGCAUUGUAUAAGUAAGGAGCUCCUUGUUGGAUCACAAGAGGGUGCUAAGG